AUGUUCGGAGAGAAUAGUGAUCUCUUGGUGCUCCAGCGACACGACGACACGCUGAUGCUGCUUCAAUUGCUUAUGAUUGGGACUGCGAUCAUAACAGGUCUACGGAUUCGCACACACUUCAGCUUACUUAUUUCAAUGUCUCUUCCGUGCGUGUAUGCCGUGUUUAGUCUUCCGCCAGGUAUGUCACCGCACGAUAGGUCAAUGGUAGUCGCUUUUUUGUUAGUUGUUGUGACAUCUUUAGUGUUGUCAUGGACGAGCCAACGAAUCAUCGAUAUUGAGCGACGUGUGGAAUGGAUGCGCGCUCUCAUGUUGGAAGAUGAGUUGCGGGCUCUGUCCCCCUUGGCUGAAGAAGAUCCAAAAACAAAGAUGCUGAAUCAAUUGCGUGUAGCAAUCCAGGAAGAAGAUGACAAUGCUAUCCGGGAGGCUCGACUGUCCUUGUGCAGUUUUGGUUUCUCGGACGCAGAAGUUGAUGCCCACGUUGCCGACAUUCGCAAAGAAAUCAGCGAGAGAUUCGGUGUCAGCGCCGCGUAUCUGCUCUCAGACGAGUUUGAACAAUUGGUAGCCGACCGCACAGGGCGCCAGGAUCCAACUUUUUACGAGAUGAAAGAUGGGUCGGCGGACGCUUUGUUUUGUGGGCCGGACGCGCUUGGGAAAGCGAAGCUCUGCCCGCGUGAUGGCCAGCCUGGAUGCGCAAUCGUAGAUACGUUGCCGCCCCAGCACCGGGGAUUCUGCACGCACUUUCUCUCGUGGACAUGGGGGUACAAGCUAAGCUCCUUGCGGUCCGCCUUGGAGGAGUGGUUGGCGAGGUCUGCCUUGCAUCCCGACGAGGUGUUCUUUUGGAUGUGUUUCUUUGUGAACAAUCAGUAUCGCAUACUGCCACCACAUACAAGAAAAGGGUCUGACAAUCUCGGAGAGACAUUUGAGGGCAACCUGCGCCGUAUCGGGAAGGUAGUGGCCGUGCUGGAUACCUGGGAAGACCCUGUAUACCUCAAGAGGAUAUGGACACUGUUCGAGCAGUUCACAGCGGUCAACCUGGGGAUCGAGGUCGAAAUGGCGCUACCCGCGGCAUCAGCUCACGCCUUACUUGAACGGAUUGAGGAAGGCAGGGAAGGAAUUCUCGCUGUCGUCCAGCAACUCAGUAAAGUUGAUUGCCGAACUGCCGCCGCAUUCGAUCCUGGCGAUGAGGCAAGGGUCAAGUCACUCAUUCAAGCCUCUGUCGGGUUCGAAGCCGUCGAAAGAAAGAUCAAGGGAUUCUUUCUCUGUUGGUUGGCAUCUGCAGUGGAAGAGCGAUUCAACGAGCUGGUGCUCGGAGCUCCCGGCCAGCAGGCAGCUCGCAGCUUGGAGAUGCGGAAGAGCCGGAAGAGCUUUGAGCAGCCUAAUGAAUGCAUGUGACAUCGCACUGCAUUUCAGCUCGUGACAAACACGUUAGGCUAUCCCGUGUGGGGGACAAGGCAUACGAGGGAGGGGCGGGUCAGCGGCUCACCCGUGACUGGGUGAUGGUCGUGGUGCUCACCGAGUGGUUUCCUGAGUUGGCAGUGGGUGUUUCAGACGCCUGGUCCCGGGCGGCCGAAGACCCUCUGACCUCGGAGGUGCAGGCAAAGCACAGCUUGGGACGUCCUUGGUAGGAGUCAUGCGCGGGAC